AUGAAAGACGUGAAGCUACUUGGUCUGCCGGCUCUCAGCGUGCUGCUGCUGCUCAUAACAUUGUCGGGCCCCUUCCUGCUUUGGAGAUGUGCGCUCGCCAUCAACAGCUUGCUGCCCACCGAGGACGAGACUGUGUGUCUCACUCGCGAGGCUUACCUUUCGUUAAGGGUUGGAAGUUGACCUACCUUUACCGGAGAGCAUAUCAUCUCUGACCUUUUUCAAGUACAAGUAGGAUUAGGAAGGUGAUAGAUAAUAUGCGAGCUAAAGAGGCCAACUCGCAGCAACCUCCAACUUCACUUCUUUUCAGUCCUGACGUUGAUCAACAAAGCGAAAGCGAAAGCACAUCAGCGCAGUCAACAACGAAGCUGCUGCCAUCUUCUGCUUUGCUCCAGCAACAGGAACUGCAUCAGCAAGCGUUGGUCGAGGAUGGGCAACAUCAGGUCCAGACGGUUGGCGAAAUGUUGCAGAGGCAAAAGGCAGUUGACUCUAUCCUCUACGAGGACACCAGUAACCCGCCACUUCUUAGGUGUUGUUAGUUGGCCUCUCUAUUAGCAUAUCUCUGACCUCAUCAAGCAGGAAGGUGAAGGUCAUAGAUAUGCGACCUAGAUGGGUCAACUUGCAACCCCUAAACUACUUCAGCUGCUAACUAGUACAGCUACUUCAGAAUCAGAAUGGGACUGGAAUCCAGGUUCAGUAGUAGUGGAAAAUAGAGAUGGAUCAUUGGAACAAGGUGGAGUUUCCCGCUCCGAAAAGGGAAUAGAGGACGACGAGAAAGACGAAGAAAAAGAAACACCUGAUGAAGGCAAUCUCGAUGAGGAAGAAGAAAAAAAGCCGAAAGUGGAGGAAGAGGAGCCGACAGCGAAAGUGGU